CGCGAAGAUGCAGAAAGAGGUUUGGCAGCCUCAGUUGGGCGUUUAACUGAGCAGCUGAAUUCGCUGCAGCAGCAGCAGCAGCAGCAGCAGCAGCAGCAGCGGAGCCUGGAGAGUCUGCAGAAGGAACUUGCCCAAGAGACUUCCAAAGCUGCUAAAGAGUUGCGUUUGCAGCAACAACAACUGCAGCAGCAGGUGCAGCAGCAGCAGCAGCAGUACUCACAGCUGAAGAGUGUGCAGCAGCAGCAACAAGGGGAGCAGCAGCAGCAGCAGCAGCAGCUAGUCUCCGUUAAAGCACACUGCCAGAAGCUAGCUGAGCAGCAGCAGCAGCUAGCGAAGACAACCGAGCAGCACUCCACGACCUUGCAGCAGCUGCAGCAGCAGCUAGUUGAAGUGCUAGAGUUGGGACAGCAGCAGCAGGAGCUGCUGCAGCAGGAGAAGCAGCUAGCAGAGGAGACAGCAGCACUGCAGCAGCAGCAGGCUGCUGACGUAGCAGCUCUUUUGGUGCAGCAGCAGCAACAGCAGCAGCAGCAGCAACUGCAGCAAAAGCAGCAGCAGCAACACUGGGAUCAAUAUAAGCAGCACGAAAGUCAGCACCAGCUCUGGCGACAGCAGUUUGAGGAGCAGCAGCAGCAACAGCAGCAGCAGCAGCAGCAACAGCAGCAGCAGCAGCAGCAGCUACAGCAGCAGCUAGCAGAGUGGAGGCAGCAACGUGAAAAUGCAGACAGGAGCAGCAUGGAAUGCUUAGAUAGCUUGAAGCAGCAGCAACAGAAGCAGCAGCAGCAGCAGCAGGAAGUGCUGAGGGAGCAGCAAUCUAUAUUCCUGCAGCUGCAUCAAGUGCAGCAGCAGCAGCAGCAACUGCAGCUGCUGCAGCAGCAGCAGCAGCAGCUCCAGGAGCAACGGCAGCAGCACAGCUGCAGCAGCUGCAGCUGCAGCAGCAUCAGCAGCAGCAACAGCAACAGCGGGCUUUGGGGACAGGCCCAGUUCGAAGCAGCACCAGCAGCAGCGGCAUAUGCUGCUGCAACAGCAGCAGGAGCAGCAGCAGGAGCAGCAGCAGCAGGUACCAGCAGUUGUGUGUUUGCUGCUGCUGCUGCUGCUGCUGCAGUUGGGGUGUCUAUACAGCCUGCUGCAGCUGCAGCAGCUGCUGCAGCUGCUGCUGCAGCACGACCACGGGCAGCUCCAGCACUACCACCACCACCACCACUAACAGCAGCAGCAGCAGCAGCAGCAGCUGCUGCUGCUGCAGCAGCAGCAGCAGGGUGA